UAUUGUCACAAUCACAAUUACGAUGGUUUGAAUAUGAUAAUGAAAUUAAAAUGCAUUAUUCGGCUGUUUGUCGUGUUUGUUCUCAUAGGACUGUUCUAUCCUGCACACGCUGAUUACCGGUGCGUUUGUAGCGUUGGUGGAGCAAUACCAAUAUUUAAACAAGCGGACGUCUUGCAUGGCACUGUGGGAUUUCUUUUCGAAAAUGACUGUAGGCCAGUACCUGUUUCCAGUUGACGCCAGCUGGGAUAAUUUGGUCUUCAUGCACCAGUCACAACCAGGAGCAUGCAAAUGUAUCCAUCUACGAUAUUGGAAGAAACAGCUGAUCUCAAAUCAAUGACAACAAACGAUAUCCCGUCUUCUACACAGAUCUACUUGAUUACAAAUUCAACAACCACACUGUCAAAUACAGAAACGAUUUCACCUAGCGUUUUCCCAGCGUACUCGCAAUACAUGAAUAAAUCAACACCAGCAUCGUUUAAAGUGAAUAUCUCGGAUACGACGGCAGUAAGAAUCAUCACAACAAUUGGAUCGACGCCACCAAAUACAACAACAAAAGUAUUGUCCACUUCUGCAACAACUACUAUCCCGACGACAACUACUCCAUUGGCGGGUAAUAUGGCAGUAUUGGAACCAGCAACAUCUGUACCGAAAGAAGGGCAUGUCGACCUUUGCCCGGACUAUGUAAAAGCUGACGCGAACUUGUUCGGUGGCUAUCUUGGCAAGUAUGGAGAGCAAUGUUUGGAAUUAGUUAAGAUACAAACGCAGUGGCACAACGCUCAAAGACACUGUCAAGUGGCCGGGCAUGGGAAUUUGAUUGAUAUCCAUGAUCCACGAAAGCAGGACUAUGUCGUGCGAUUUUUGGAAAAACACACCGAUGUACACUCCAUAUGGCUCGGAUUAACAGACAGUGAAAAGGAAGGAGCUCCCUCUGAGGGACGAUGGACGUGUGUCAGUGGGCUUAACUAACUUUGGUCCAGAUUACAGAGGUCAUGCAGACGCUACCUACAAGCUGAACGACUGCGUUAUCAUGAAGCAGUGACGAGAAUGGACAGAUGCAUCGUGUGGAGUGGCUUUGCUGCUGGGAGCAGGCUUUGGAGGAGUCAUUACUUUAUGUGUCAAUACAACGUGACGUCAGAGCAUUUAAACUUAUUACAUGAACUCGGAACAGCAUUGGUCGGUUGAGAUGUCCUAUGCGCAAGGAUGCCUUUCUGUAUUCUUAGAUUGAAUACUUAAACCUUCAUUUAAUUGACUGUAUUUUAUUCGUUUGAUAUGUAUUUUUUAAUUAGGCGAUACAUUAAAUACUGAUAGGAAUAAAUUUGAGAAUAUAAUAUUUUGUAAGAUUCCGAGAGAAAAAUAACCGGAUUAAUAUAGUCACUAUCAAACAUAAUCAUAUAUAUAAAUGUAUUAUCUGCAAAAUAAUAAAACACAAUAAGAACC